AUGGCGAAAUGCAGCAAGAUCCGGGACAUCGUGUGGCUCCGGCAGACCCUGCGGAGGUGGCGGUCACGCGCCGCCGCGCGCGUGGCCGAGGGCGGCGCGGCGUCGGUGCCGGCAGGGCACGUGGCGGUGUGCGUGGGCGGGGCCUCCCGGCGGUUCGUGGUGCGCGCGGCGCACCUGAACCACCCCGUGUUCCUGGAGCUGCUCCGGCAGGCGGAGGAGGAGUACGGGUUCCGGACCGGCGCGUGCGGCCCCAUCGCGCUCCCCUGCGACGAGGACAGCUUCCGGGACGUCCUCCGCCGCGUCUCCUCCGAGGAGCGCCGUGGCCGUUCGUUCGGCUGCCGCGCGCCGGCCGCCAGCAGCCGAGACGUCGCCACGCUGCCGGAGGAGCUCGUGUGGUGACGGAUCGAUGGGGAAGCAACACGCAUAGGCCAUUCGGUGUGCGUGCUCUGUUCUCACUUCUCAGGCAAGCUUGCUGUGGCGAUUUGACUCCGGCGGCGGGAUAGUGCGCAUAGCAAGUGCCUCGGUUGGAAGAGCGUGGUCCGGUUACCGGUCUAGUGCCCGGCGGCGCCACUAACCAUGAAUCGGGGACGGCACCGCGCGUGAGCAAUUGAUGCAGACCGGCGGGCUUGCGGCCAGCUCUGUACUGCUUGACUGCAGUUUGAAAAAACAAUGUACUGGAGAUACGA